AAUAGUUAGGUAUUUCAAGCUCAAUUUCGAUAGCUAAGUUUUUCAUUUUUCAUCCGGUCAUAUUUGAUGUUUGAAUCGAACAUUUUAACAUUGUUUUCAUUUUUGUUUUAUCUCGACCAAUAAUGUCAAUGUUUCUGUUUUUGUUAUUAUUGUUAUCUGUCUUAUUUAUGCCAUCAAACUGUGCUGAUGAUAUAUCCGAUAAUACCGACGAUGGAAUGUUUGAAAAUUUUGUUGAAGGUUAUGUUAAAGAUUUUUUCAACAAAGAACUUGAUACAACGCGACAACAAAAUUUAACCGAUUGUAUGACAAGAUUAUUAUGUGAAAAUAUAUGUCAACGAACAGUUAAAGGAGAGAUCAAAGGUGAACCAAUGAUAAAUUCAGUAGAGAUGCUUGGCACGACCGAAAAAGAUCCAAUGGGUUAUUUUUUUAGCGGUGGUGAUCGUGGCUAUGAAUUUGGUCGAAAUAAUCAAUGUCAUCAAUGUGCUGUUAGAUAUUCGAAUUGUCCUUCCAAUCAAUAUGAUCAAACUCGUACAAUGAGUGAUAAAUAUGAAAAAGAUAUGGUUAAAGUUGCCGAAUCAUCCAUUGAUUUUGAUAAAAAUGAUCCAUUAUCUAUUGAGCUUUGAUUAUAUAAUUAAUGUCAUUAAUUUAACCCGAAAAAACAAACAC